AUGAAGCCAACUCCUCUCCCACGCGUAACAAUCGUGCUUGUCAAGAACGCUACAACGACCUCCUCAGCGACGCCUACCUCGUCGGUGCUUCUGUCAACUCGCCCGCGUUCCAGAACACUGUUAUCCGCGCUCUCGCACAGGCUCUGUGGAAGGAGGAGUUCGAUGCAGCGAGGAGUCCAUUUCCGCAUCACAGUUCCGCGAUCCCGUGGGCGAGAAAGACGUGGGAGAAAGCAAAUGGGAGAGCUGAAGGAGAGAAGUUGGCCGAGUUUGCGGUGGAUGUUGCGGCAAGGAGGGUCUUCGUCGUAG